UUUUCUGUUUUCUAUCACAGUGUUUUCUCUGCCAUUGCAGCGUGUUCACCCAAGUAUAACAGUACUCAGAAAAUUAUCUGCAGUUUUCACUUGACGAAUAACGACCACAGAGACUAUUCGGUCCUAAAAUGGCGCACACCGUUGUCGGGAAUGACUUCUGAUUUCCUAACUGUAAUGUACGAAGGAAUGAGGCUAGAUUAUGAUGGGAUCUUCAUGAAAAAGCGUAAUUCUCCUGGCCCUGACCAGUUCCUGUUCGUUGCCGCCGGGCAAACCGUCUCUUCGACGUUUGAUGUUUCAGCUGGGUAUGACGUAAGCAAGAGUGGAAAGUACUCAGUUUCACUAGACACGUAUUUAGAAUAUAUACCGGGUAGUAUUAGGAACAUAAACAUGCCUGGCAAGCAUGCCUUGCCAGCAAAAGUUAGUCACCUGUCUUCCCCAAAAGAGAUAUUUCAGGUAGUAGGGGAAAAUUCUACUAGGAGAACAUUAGGUCAAACGGAGCGUUCU